AUGAAGCUCCAAACCUUAAUAAUUAAACGAUGGCAUAAAUUAGAUAAUCGCAUUAAAAGGUAUGCUCAUUUACUAGGGGGUAAGAAAUAUUUUUUUAAGUUAAAGCAGAAGUCAUUGUGUGUGGAACUAUGGACUAGCUUCUUGCUAACUUCAAAGGGGAAAGAGGGUGAGGCAGAAACAAAUUUAGACCUUCAAAGGGCUGAUCGAUGCCGUGCAAUAAACGCCUUUCAACUGCCAAUUUUUGUGUCAUCAGCUGAAGAAAACCGGAUUAAGGGUGAUCUGCUCGAGAUAUUAGGAAGAGGUCAACUUUUAUUAUGGAUGGCAGCCGGGCACAGUGAGAGAUUUAAACAAUCACCAGAAAUGGACAACGAUGGUCAUUCGGUUAAAAUUAAGACCCCCUAUUUUUGCAAUUUGCGAACUAUGAUCAAAAUCUUCCAACCUUCAAGUGCUUCACCUAGGCAUAUAUGA